AUGUGCAAAGGUGUGGUGGUACUGAUGAAUUGUGUGGCAAAACUUAACGAAUAUGGACAAAAGAAAGGCGUUCAGGUGCGGUUCGAGGAUGCGAACGUCACUGCAGGGCCAGACCAUGUUACAAUGUUUACUGUGCGGGCCACAGUAAAUGGAACAGGGUAUCGAGGAGUUGGUAGGACUAAGAAAGAGGCCAAGGAAAAGGCUGCAUUAAAGGCCCUGGAAUACUUGCAACGCACAAAGACCAGUGGUUUUGUAAGUUGUAGCCAGCCAUCUAAAUACCUAUUCACAAUUCGGGCUUCAGUGGACGGCACGCCAUAUCCAGAAGGAGUUGGGAAAAAUAAGAAAGAGGCCAAAGAAAAUGCUGCACAAAAGGCCUUGGAAAAGCUGCUGAAAACAGAGACCAAUGGUCCUACUACUCCAUCAACAUCACAGACAUCAGAAAUUCCAACUAGCAUCACCCAACCCAAUUACCAGUGCUGGCUCAAUGAACACAGUCACAAGACGAGAGUGAACUUCACACCUGUUGAAAGAGUGGGCUCUAUUAGUGCGCCACACUGCUGCAGAUAUGAGUCUAGUGAUGGUAAAUCCUACCCCGAGGCGUUUGGAAAAAAUAAAAAGGAGGCAAAGGAAGAGGCUGCACGGCUGGUUUACGUGGAGAUUUUAAGAGAGCAAGGGGUUAUCGAGAGCAGUUCCAAUGGAAACACAUCCAGACAGCAUGAGCAAUCCAGUCGUAACGUCUCCCCUCCAAGUAACGCAAUGGAACAGCAGAGGUCAACGCCAACCAGAGAUCUCAGGACUGACGCGCCACAGAAUUUCAUCGGCGAAAUAAAUCAUUAUUGUCAACAGCGUAAACUGACACAUGAUUACAAGCUGGUGGACCGAAGAGGUCAAUCUCACAUACCCGAGAAGGGCACACUUGCACUUCACACAGUCAUGGUGUCCCUCACAGAACUGCAAACCAUACUCCUCCCACCCAUAGUAAUAAAUAAGCAUGAGUAUCCAGAGGGACGCGGCAAGACAGCAAAAGAGGCGAAGCAGCAGGCAGCCCAGCUGGCGUGGAAUGCAAUUCAGGAGGCGUCUCAGUCAGAGAGUCUGGAACUCAGCAAGUUAAGGCUGUCUGAAGAUGAUUCACCCUCUCCAACUCCGGAGACUUUGGAAUCCCAGGAUAUGGAUGCCUUAAGAAGCAAUGCUACAAGUGAAAGUGACUCCAUUGUCUUCAAAGAUUCUUCUAAAGACGUCUCAAAUGCACAAGUGGCACCGCAGUCUCCAGCACAAAACAAGCCUAAAAUACUACUAGCUCCGAAUUUCAACAACUUUCCAAAUAAAAAGGUUCCAUGUGAACAUUGCAAAAAUCCUGGUCAGGCAACUAAGUCCAGAUUUGAAGAGGAAUUUGACUCAAUAGAGAGUAUAGGAAAGGGAGGAUUCGGACGGGUUUUCAAGGCAAGAAAUAAAUGUGAUGAGACAAAUUAUGCUGUGAAGAUCGUAAAAUCUACAGACAAAGCUCGGAGGGAGGUGAUAGCCCUAGCAAAGCUGCAACACCCACACAUAGUGCGCUACCAGCACUGUUGGAUUGAGAAGACCGCAUACAGACAUGAGGGCUCUGACAGUUCCAACACGUCCACGUCAGGAAGUGACCCUGCCAUGGAGUACCUCUACAUCAAGAUGGAGUGGUGCGAGGGUAACACUCUCGCCACGUGGAUCGAUGAGAAGAACAGACAACAGGACCCACACAGGCGGCAGGCGGCCCAAGACAUCGUCACACAGAUUGUGGACGCAGUAGUCUACAUUCACUCUAAAUCCCUCAUCCACCGUGACUUAAAACCUGCAAACAUCAUGUUUGGAAAAGACCGUAAGACCGUCAAGAUAGGCGACUUUGGGCUCGUGACUGUUGCAGACAAUGAUGAUGAGGACACAAUGAUGGAGCGGACAAAGCGCACUGGCACAAAGUCUUACAUGAGCCCCGAACAGAAUCAGUCCAAGUAUGAUCACAAAGUGGACAUCUUUGCUUUGGGACUCAUCUACUUCGAGCUCAUUUGGUUCAUGCACACAAAGUCUGAAAGGAGAAAGAUUUGGGAUGAUGUUAGAGAACAGAAUUUUCCAAAGGAAUUCAGUGAUCAGUUUUGCUUUGAAUUAUGUAUUGUGGAAAUUGAGCACGAGCUAAUCAAGGAAAUGCUGUGUGAUAAACCUUGGGGCAGGCCUGAUGCCAAAGACCUGGCCCCCAAACUGGAGAAGUUUACAUCCAUCCUAGACCAGAACGGCAAUGAAAGAAAUGCAACUGUAUGA